AUGGAUAAAAUUAAUAACAACAACCCAUCAAAUGAUAAAAUCAAUAUUAAAUCAAAAGAUAAGGUCUCUCCACUUACUAAUAAUAAUCAAAUCCUUUCUGUCGAUAAUUAUAAAUUAGACCAACCAAUAACCAUUUCGCCAAAAAAAAUCAACCAAAUCAGGAAAAGAAAAGCAAAUUCCCAAAACAUCAGUCUUGAUGACCUAUCACCACAAAUAAUCAAUAACAACCUCAAUAACAAAAAACAAUCAAACCCAAACAAAGUUAAAGAUUUUAAAAACUUUAUAAUUAAAAUUUUACUGAUUAGUUUAAGAUAUUUAAAUCAUAUGAUGCCUUAA